AUGGACACCAUCAUGGAGAGUCGGGCGCACUUGUCCACUCUGCCCUAUACAAACUGCACCACGCGCAUCGUAUCACUUCUGGACGUUCCGAUUCCUGAGCACGCCACGGAUGACGAACACCGAGACAUCUACCAUCGCUACACGCGUGACAUGUCGGUGCCCAAUGCCCGCAUGCUCCGCGACGCUGUCCAAUCCAUCAAACACGGCAUAUCACCGCCUGUGGCUUUUCCGACUGAAACGGUCUACGGGUUAGGUGCCGACGCGACCAACGAGCCCGCCACAUCUGGCAUUUUCGCCGCGAAAGGCCGACCCAGCGACAAUCCCCUGAUCGUGCACGUUUCGAGCGUCGCUCACCUCGAACGCAUCACGGGCGAACGCCUGCCAGAGAUCUAUGGGUCUCUCGUCAAGGAGUUCUGGCCAGGUCCCUUGACAAUCUUGCUUCCGGUGCCGCAGAACGGUGUCUUCGCCCCCAACGUCCAUCCCGCUCAGAACACGAUAGGAUUUCGGAUCCCUUCGUCCAAGUUCGCCCGCUUCUUCAUCGCCGCGACAGACAGACCUAUCGCAGGGCCGUCAGCGAACUCCUCGGGAAAGCCGUCACCCACGACUGCGCGGCAUGUCCUGGAUGAUCUGCGCGGCAAGAUCAAUUUCAUCCUCGAUGGCGGUCCGUGCGACGUUGGUGUGGAAAGCACCGUCGUCGACGGCCUGCACGAUCCGCCUCUGAUCCUGAGACCGGGAGGAGUGUCGCUGUCGGACCUGAUCGCGCACGGGCGGGGGUGUGGAAACAAUUUCGCCAAUACCGCCAUCGGGUAUAAAAGACGCGAAGUUCGACCGGCCUCAUCUGGUCUAGCUACGCCUGCGUCCGCCUCCAGUUCCGAGCCCAUCAGCUACGUCGAAGAUGUGACGGGUGCGCCUCGCGCUCCUGGGAUGAAGUAUCGCCACUAUGCCCCAAAUGGACGCUUGAUCUUGUUUUCCGAGGAGGCGGUCGUCGAAGGCAAGGUCGAGUCGAAGCUGCUUGAGCUUCUCGAAUCUGCACCAGCCGAGAACAACAGUGGUGGCGGCAGUGUCAAAGUGGGUGUCAUCUCGUGCCACUGGCCCGCCUUUGCAGGACUAUCCAUCUCACCGGCAGAAAAUGGCGUUGUAGCACCUCCCGCACUCUCCGGUUCCGUGUUUGAACCCAUAACGUCUAUCGGAAGAUACACAAUUCACACCAACGUGAAUGUGACGUUGUAUAAUGUGCAUAUCGGGCCGAAGACUACUGAUCUUGGACACUCUCUAUUUGGUGUGCUCAGGUUGUUCGACGAGCUUGGAUGUGCGUUGAUCCUGGCCGAGACUGUUCGGCGCACCGAUGAAGGCCAAGACGCGUCGGAGCAGGGGAACAGACCGAGUUCGAAAAUUCGAGAUAUUGAGGACGCGGUCAUCGAUCGUAUAGAAAAGGCUGCGGCAGAGCGAGUCGAAUGA